CGCAACAAAACGGAACCACAAAACAGACCUAAAUGCACCAAGCAGAAGCAUGACCUCACUGGAAAGAUAUACAUGCUCUGUAGCCAUAGGAUCGAUUUUGUAAAGGAACAGAUUGACUUAAAACUUGAAGACCAUCCGUGCCAGUAUCAACCCUCCAGUCUCAAUGCUGCGGUUUUGGACUAUGGAACGCUAGGGUUUUCCCCAACAGUGCAUAGUGGAAACGUUUCUUUCCAUUUUUUUUUAAUUUGCCAAAUCUUCCUUGAGCGCGUUCGCCCUUUUCCUAUCUCUUCCCCGUCCCGGGUGUCUGCUCCACUCGGGAACUGCUGGGAUGGCGAUUGGGCGGCUGGAGGGGCCAGGACUCAGUUCCCUCGCCCUGGCGGAGUGGGUGGGACUCCCCAGAGCCAGCUCUGCACCAGCAGGUCUCUGAGCGGUCGCCCUGCGCUUUCCCUGCGCCAGACCCGAGGAAGAAAGAGCCGCGGGGAGCCGCCCCGGGCGACCGGUACCUGCCUGGGAGGGAGCGCCUGGGCCAAUGGAGGACCCGGGACCCUAGCGCCCUCGCCAUGUGCGACUUGGAGAGGCGCGCCCCGGAGCUGCUGCAGAGCCGGAAACGCAGCGCCGAGGUCUGGGAAGCCGCCGGGGUCAACCUACGUCUGCAGUGUCCUUGAUCUGAGGGUGCCUUCCACUUGUCAGUCCCACAUAAGAUCAGCUCCCCAGGAGGAUACCUGCUUCAGGAGAUACCACUGCCACCAUGUUCUGCACGAAGCUAAAGGAUCUCAAGAUUACUGGAGACUGCCCGUUUUCCUUAAUGGCACCAGGGCAGGUCCCUAAGGAGUCCUCAGAAGAAGUAGCAGGAAGCUUGGAGAGCUGUGAAGCAACUGUCCCCAUCUGUCAGGACCUGCCUGAGAAGAAUGCCCAAGGAAGCCUUCCUCAGAGGAAGACCAGUCGGAGCCGAGUCUAUCUCCACACUUUGGCAGAGAGUAUUUGCAAACUGAUUUUCCCAGAGUUUGAGCGGUUGAACCUCGCUCUUCAAAGAACAUUGGCAAGACACAAAAUAAAAGAAAACAGGAACUCUUUGGAAAGAGAAGACUUUGAAAAAAUAAUUGUUGACCAAGCAGUUGCAGCAGGAGUUCCAGUGGAGAACGUCAAAGAAUCUCUCGGUGAAGAGCUUUUUAAAAUAUGUUAUGAGGAAGAUGAACACAUCCUAGGGGUGGUUGGAGGAACCCUCAAAGAUUUUUUAAACAGCUUCAGCACCCUUCUGAAGCAGAGUAGCCACUGCCAAGAAGCAGAAAAGAGAGGCCGGCUUGAGGAUGCAUCCAUUUUGUGUCUGGAUAAGGAUCAGGAUUUCUUAAAUGUUUAUUAUUUCUUUCCUAAGAAAAUCACGUCCCUGAUUCUCCCAGGCAUCAUUAAGGCAGCUGCUCACAUAUUGUAUGAAACUGAAGUGCAAGUGUCAAUAAUACCCUCCUGCUUCCCUAGCGACUGCAGUGAGUUUGUUAAUGAGCCUUGUUUGUUGUACUCCGUUCACAUCAAAAGCACCAAGCCCUCGCUGUCCCCUGGCAAGCCCCAGUCCUCACUGGUGAUCCCUGCUUCUCUCUUCUGUAAGACCUUUCCAUUCCACUUCAUGUUUGACAAAGAUAUGAUAAUCUUGCAAUUUGGCAAUGGCAUUCGAAGGCUGAUGAGCAGGAGAGACCUUCAAGGAAAGCCUCAUUUUGAAGAGUACUUUGAAAUUCUGACCCCCAAGAUCAGCCAAACCUUUAGUGGCAUCAUGACGAUGUUGAAUAUGCAAUUUGUGGUCCGAGUGAGAAGAUGGGACAACUCGGUGAAGAAAUCUUCACGGGUUAUGGACCUCAAAGGCCAAAUGAUCUACAUUGUGGAAUCCAGCGCCAUCUUGUUCUUAGGAUCACCCUGUGUGGACAGAUUGGAAGAUUUCACAGGGCGAGGGCUCUAUCUCUCAGACAUCCCGAUCCACAAUGCCCUGAGGGAUGUGGUCUUGAUAGGGGAACAAGCCAGGGCCCAAGAUGGCCUGAAGAAGAGGCUGGGCAAGCUGAAGGCCACCCUCGAGCAAGCCCACCAAGCCCUGGAGGAGGAGAAGAAGAAGACCGUUGAUCUCCUGUGCUCUAUCUUCCCCUGCGAGGUCGCGCAGCAGCUGUGGCAAGGGCAAGCUGUGCAAGCCAAGAAGUUCAGCAAUGUCACCAUGCUUUUCUCAGACAUCGUUGGGUUCACGGCUAUCUGCUCGCAGUGCUCACCCCUGCAGGUCAUCACCAUGCUCAAUGCGCUCUACACGCGCUUUGACCAGCAGUGCGGAGAGCUGGAUGUCUACAAGGUGGAGACCAUAGGUGAUGCAUACUGUGUGGCGGGGGGACUGCACAGAGAAAGUGACACCCACGCUGUCCAGAUAGCGCUGAUGGCCCUGAAGAUGAUGGAGCUCUCUGGUGAAGUCAUGUCUCCCCAUGGAGAACCCAUCAAGAUGCGAAUCGGGUUGCAUUCCGGCUCUGUUUUUGCUGGAGUAGUCGGUGUUAAAAUGCCCCGUUACUGCCUUUUUGGGAACAACGUCACCUUGGCUAACAAAUUUGAGUCCUGCAGUGUCCCACGGAAAAUCAAUGUCAGCCCAACAACGUACAGAUUACUCAAAGACUGCCCUGGCUUUGUGUUCACCCCUCGCUCCAGGGAGGAACUUCCACCCAACUUCCCCAGUGAAAUUCCUGGAAUCUGUCAUUUUCUGGAAGCUUAUCACCAAGGAACAACAUCAAAACCGUGUUUCCAGAAGAAAGAUGUUGAAGAUGGCAAUGCCGAUUUUUUAGGCAAAGCUUCAGGAAUAGAUUAGCAGAACAUUUAGCUGAUUAUUAGUUUUUGGGGUUUGACUCCUUUGAGCUUGUGUGGAACUUCCAAAAGCACUUUAGGCUUGCAGACAGCUAAAGAGCAGUAUUAAAAUUUCAGGAGCUCAGUCACAAUCUACUUUUCUUCCACUUAACAUGACAAAAUGUGUUCACUUCAGUACUUAGGUGAAAAAAAAUGAAAGAAACCUCAAAAUGUGACUUUUGGGGACCACUUUUGUUAAAUAAUGAUCACUCACUCUCUAUUGCAAAGUUUAGCACCUGUAUAUAGACCAGGAAUUGUAGCCUGAUGGAGUCACCUGCCUUCUCGUGCCCUGGUAGAAUCCCUAGCCUUGGCUAUGAAAGUGUAUUUGUGAUAGUCUUGCCUUAAAAAAGCUUUUGAGUAGAAAUUACUGUCUUUGAUACCAUCAGCUCUUUUAACCUUUCCACUCUUCAGUUUAUUACAUUUCUUCAUUAAACUGUUAGCAUACGACCAUAAAAUAGAAUAAGUUUUUCUGUUGCACUUUUUAAGAGAAAAUAAGCAGUUAUGGGUUAGAUGCAAUAUAAGUAUGAAAUAAUUCUGUAAAUAUCGAAGAUUAUUUUAUAAAAAUAUUCUACUGAACGUAACAUGUCAUGACAAUAAAUAUACUACUUUUUGUUUGGCAUUGUUUUAUUCUACACAUGGUAAAAACUAUUUUCAUUCAUAUUAGCAAUUGAAUUCUUAUCCAUUCAUUUUCAUGUCAUAAUAUUUAGGAUAAAAGAGGCUUUUAGCCUGUAUUAAAAUGUAGUAAUAUCAUUACAAUUUCAUUUAACUAGAAGCAAUGUGUGAAUAAAGUAAGGUCCAGGGAACACACCAUGAAGUACAGAAGUCAAACAUUUACAUGCACACAGCCACACACCCACAUACACAUGCUCAUGUGUACUCACACUCACAUACACAGUGAGAUCCAUUUUUGUCAGCAGACAUCCUCUUUGCCAUGCUCAGCCAUGUAAAGUUCCUAUCAGAACAUCUUCAUUCAGAAGCGGAAAAUAAGACUUUCUUUUCGCUGAUACUUCUUUUUAAAAAUAUUUGUGUUGAACAAUUUGAUGAGUGUAUGUAGGCUAAGUUUUUUGUCUUUAGUACACAUCUGUGGUUUUUUUUUUAAUUCUAGUUCAAACAUUUCAAUGGCAUUUUUAAAAUGGGAUGUUAGUAUUGAUGAAGAAAAUUGUAAUUUCAUUAUGUAAAUUCCCAAGCAUUAUUCUGGAGCUUGUACUUUUAUUUUUAAUGAUACUUUAAGAUCUCUGGUGAACAAAAUAAUGUACAGAAUUUUGUUUGGGAUAAGGAUUUGCCUUUAAAAAUUAGAGCUCAACUUCAAAGUAAGAAAAAAGAGGACUUGAUAGUUUUUAAAUCAGUAUUAGCAGAUCCCUAGAGGCACCUAAAUUUCAUUGGGGUUAUAAGAAGUAACUCAGUUUAAAUUUCUUAACUUUUCCGUUAAGUCCCUAGCUAAACUCAUGGUAACCUCAGGAAUAAAAAAAUCAUAAUUAAUUGAUCUCUAAUCUCCACAGGCUUCUACUGUAGAUAUUAUAAUAAUUGUCCUUACUAAAUGAUACUCUACUGUAAGGACUGAAUAUAUCUCAGUCAUUACUAGUGUUAUUUUUGGGGUAUAACAUAGGCCCGGGAAAGUAUAGUUAUAGUCUCACAAUUAUAUGAGGUUAAUAAAAGCAUUUGAAAGGAAAAUAAAAACACAUUUUUUCUUUCAGGAAGGGAACCCUUAUUAUAAGGAAAAUAAUAGAAAUUUUAAAAAUGUAAACAGCAUAAAAUAAUAUUUCUUUAUCAAAUAAUAAGUAGACCCCAAAUUUGUAGUAAUUUCUGUUCUAAAGGUUUGUAAAUUAAAAUUUGAGGUAUAUUUGUCUGCAUACAUGCACACACACACACACACACACACAGAACCACUGGAGAAAAAUAAAAGCAUUCUGAGUAAAAGUUAUACUACUCCUGCAACUUUUCCAUAAAUUUUACAUUUUAUCUAAAUGAAAAGUUACUUAAAAAGUAUAUUUUCUCAGAAAAAUUAAAUUAUCUGUUGUAGAUUCCCAGACCAGCCUACUAAGAUUCAUCAAGUAAGUUAUGGAAUAACUUGUGAACCUGAUGCAAGAAAAACAUACACCAUGGUAGGGUGCAUUCAAAACCCACAAACCUGAUGCUAAAAAUGUUGAAGAAACCUUUUUCAUUCCUUCUCUUACCCACCGUGGAUGGUAGCAAUUAGGGAGACAUUUUCAGAUCCAAACCACUGAUGGCAGCCAGGGUAGAGACCCUAGAGAGUAAGUUGUCAAAGAAAGUUAAGGGCCAAAGCAGGAACUGAGGAUGAAGAAAAGAAUGGACUCAGUUGUGUGACAAGGUGGGGGCUCUCGUUGCCAGUCUAAGUAUCCUGCAUAUAAUGUGUAUUUCAUGUCUGCUUCUCAAUUAGCAUGUUUCUCCUGAGAAUUCUGGAACUGAUCCUUCUGUUCAGGUUUAAUUGUUGCCAUUCAUGCCUCUUGUCCCCUUGUUUUAUGUGUAGUAAAUAAAUUUUCUCUCUAUGCGGUUUUCUCAAGCAAACCUAGAGUUCCACUGAAGCUUUUUGAAGAUGUUUGCAUCAAAAAGCAAAGGGAAA